CCUGUAUAAGCAGUAAUAGACACCUUGUUCCUGUUUCGCGCGUUCUUCGCAGCGUCCCCGCGGUCGCCCGAUGACCCGCACGUGCGCACCGUGCUGGCCUUUUGGUGGAUGAUGCUGAUCGUGCUGAUGAACACCUUCACGGGUCACAUGAAGGCCAGCAUGACGGUCCAGGAGGAGCUGCCCCGCAUCGACACCCUCCAGGACAUUGUAGACCACCGAGACGUCACGCCCGUCGUCAUUAGGGGCAGCACCUUCGACGAGAUAUUCAGGGUGUCCAACAGGCGCGACCACCAGCUGGUGUGGAGGCGUGCGCUGCAGCGCCGCGCCGUGCUCUCGGGUCGCGACAUCUUCGUCAAGUCCAUGUUCGAUGACGUGCUGGAGGGCCGCAAGGUCAUCUUUCUGGACACGCUGCUCUUCCACUACUGGGUGGGUCGCUUCUAUCAGGGGCUGACCCGCGGCGAGUUCUACCUAGCCAAGGAGGCCGUCCUCUACCCGUCCAUGUGCAUGUGGCUCAACAGGAACGUCGACCCGGCCGUCGCCAAGGCACUGCAUAUGAGGAGCCGCUGGGUGGCCGAGUCCGGCAUGGCCAGUCAUUGGAAGAACCUGCUGGUGGAGCGAAGCCAGCGCACAUCGGGCGGUGCGGGCGGUUCGCAGUCGACGCAAUCGAUGAGCACCGCGUCGCCCCUGCAGCUGCAGGACGUGGCGGCGGUGCUGCAGCUCCUCAUGGCCGGCGCCUGCGUCUCGCUGCCCGUGCUUGUCGCUGAGAUCGUCGUCCACCGCUACUGCGGCACGCGAAGCCGAUGUUGCCGCUGCAGCUACGGCAGGGAUCAGCGCACACGUCGCAAGACACUGCCGGCGCGAAGGCGCGCACAGUGGCGGAGCGGGGUGCUCUGAAUUGACGACGAAGAAGAAGCCCGGUCCGCAUGGUAUCGUAGAGGAAAUGGUGCCAGUCACACGCUAAAGCGUGUCGCUUUCUACACGCCCAGUCGCCACAUGAUUGUUCUAUAGGAACACGAAAUCGUCUCCUUGUAGCGCGCUAGAGGGACGCCGUUCACUUCACACCCCGAAGUUCGCAUAGAGCUAAG